CUUCCGGCUACGGGUCCCCAAGCGGAGCGGGAGACCGGACGGGGGAGCCGAGCUGUGGCGGCGGCGGCGGCGGGGGCGGUAAUGGCGGAGCUGGUGCAGGGGCAGAGCGCUCCGGUGGGAAUGAAGGCCGAGGGCUUCGUGGACGCUCUGCACCGGGUCCGGCAGAUUGCUGCUAAAAUUGAUUCAAUUCCUCACUUGAAUAAUUCCGCGCCUCUAGUGGACCCCUCAGUGUAUGGCUAUGGAGUACAGAAACGGCCUUUAGAUGAUGGAGUAGGUAACCAGUUAGGGGCCUUGGUACAUCAAAGGGCAGUAAUAACAGAAGAAUUCAAAGUGCCUGACAAAAUGGUUGGAUUUAUUAUUGGCAGGGGAGGUGAACAGAUUUCGAGGAUUCAAGCUGAAUCUGGUUGCAAAAUUCAGAUUGCUUCAGAGAGUUCUGGGAUUCCAGAGAGGCCCUGUGUACUUACCGGAACCCCAGAAAGUAUUGAACAAGCCAAACGACUGUUGGGGCAAAUUGUGGACCGCUGUCGGAAUGGGCCUGGCUUUCAUAAUGACAUAGAUGGCAACAGUACAAUCCAGGAGAUUCUCAUCCCAGCAUCUAAAGUGGGUCUGGUCAUCGGCAAAGGAGGAGAAACAAUAAAGCAGUUGCAGGAGCGGACAGGUGUGAAAAUGGUCAUGAUCCAGGAUGGUCCAUUGCCUACAGGAGCAGAUAAGCCUCUUCGCAUCACUGGAGACCCAUUUAAAGUACAGCAAGCUAGAGAAAUGGUACUAGAGAUCAUCCGAGAAAAAGACCAAGCCGACUUCCGGGGUGUACGCAGUGAUUUCAGCUCCCGAAUGGGUGGAGGCAGUGUAGAGGUAUCUGUGCCUAGGUUUGCUGUUGGCAUUGUAAUAGGAAGAAAUGGAGAGAUGAUCAAAAAGAUCCAGAACGAUGCUGGUGUGAGGAUUCAGUUUAAACCAGACGAUGGGAUUAGUCCAGAAAGAGCAGCACAGGUCAUGGGACCUCCAGAUCGGUGUCAGCACGCAACACACAUCAUCAAUGAGCUCAUUCUGACAGCCCAGGAAAGAGAUGGCUUCAGCAGCCUUGCGGUAGCCCGAGGAAGAGGCCGGGGCCGCAGUGACUGGAGCAUGGGAACCCCUGGUGGCGUGCAGGAGAUAACAUACACGGUGCCAGCAGAUAAGUGUGGCCUCGUCAUCGGCAAAGGGGGAGAGAAUAUCAAAGGUAUAAACCAGCAGUCAGGAGCACAUGUGGAGCUUCAACGCAAUCCCCCUCCAAACACUGACCCCAACCUGCGAAUAUUCACCAUCCGGGGAAUUCCUCAACAGAUCGAGGUGGCCAGACAUCUCAUAGAUGAGAAAGUUGGUGGUACCAGCCUUGGAGCACCUGGAGCCUUUGGACAGAGCCCCUUCAGUCAGCCACCAGCUACACCUCAUCAAAACACCUUUCCUCCAAGGAGCUCAGGGUGCUUUCCAAAUAUUGCUGCUAAAGUGAACGGAAACCCCCACAGCACCCCUGUGAGUGGUCCUCCGGCCUUCCUGACCCAGGGCUGGGGCAGCACCUACCAGGCGUGGCAGCAGCCUACACAGCAGGUUCCAAGCCAGCAGAGCCAGCCGCAGAGCAGCCAGCCUGACUUCAGCAAGGUCUGGGAAGACUAUUACAAAAAACAGAGUCACGCUGCCAGCGCUGCUCCUCAGACCAGCUCCCCACCGGACUACACAAUGGCUUGGGCGGAAUAUUACAGACAGCAGGUUGCUUUCUACGGGCAGACGCUAGGGCAAGCUCAGGCCCACAGCCAGGAGCAGUAGAACAAUAUCUGCGGCUGUUUUUCCCCCCCUGAAAUCAUUGUGAAAGAAAACCUAUUUGUAACAGAGGUUUUUAGAUUUGCAAACCUUUUGAUGAAGAACCUUUGUUUUGUUCUGUGAAACACUAUAUUUAGAUUAACGGAAUUUUUCUAAAAAUCGGGAAAAAUUAGUUACUAAAAAUUGCUGAUAAUUUUUGUUUCAUUAUUUUUGUUGUUAUUUCAAAUGUGUAAGCUCUGAGAUUCUUUUUGGAGCAGUACCUGCGCAAAUUCGGCACCAGAAUGUACCUCAGAGCAGUGACAUUUCAACAUGGUGGUUUUUGUUUUGUUUUGUUUUUUGCGUGUCUUUUUAUUUACAAUUUUUUUUCUGUUGCAACAAAAAGUGGCUUGGAAGUCUUAGGUGGUAUGUAACAAAUCCUUUUUAAAAAAAUUUUAAACAGUAUUUAAAUAUUCUUAAAUGUGUAAAUUCAUUAAGUAUUUUGCUUCUAAUUUCUUGUAUCUUGGCUGUCUGGUUUUAUUGCAUUUUUUAAAAAGCUGAACUAUUAUGUAUUGUAAUUAAUUAUGUGAAUUCUGAAUUGAGACAGAUCAUUGUAUUGCUGUCCAACAGGAACUGGGAGGGGCAUUUUAUAGGGUUUGUAUAAUUUCUAGAGUUCUAAAGGGGUAAUAUAAAAAUGUGUUCAUGUUUUUAGCAUACAUUUUUUCAUGUCUCCAUCACCUGUUGCAAUUGUGUAUCUAAGACCUCCAAGCUUGUUUUAAAAACAAAACAAAAAAAACUUCUCUAUUCUCUCAGAAAUAUAAAUACUGUUAUUUUUAAUAUUAAAAAGAAAUUCAAUAUAACUUUUAACACACACUGUGGAACAUUAAACCAUAUAAAAAUGUAGUAACUAUUUUUUAAUUCCAAGGUGUUUUUUGCUUUUUUCUUUUAAAUAUUUUCUUAAUAUUUGUCAAAUUAACUAGAUGAAUAAAUCUAGUAUUAACCACAGUAUGAAUUAAAUAAUUUUGAUUUAAUAAAAGGGAUAAUAUGAUUUUCACUGUUUACUGUAGUGCAUCUUGUACAGAUAACAUGUAUUUUUAAAGAAAAAAAAACGGAAUUGAAGCUAUUUUUUCCUUGCAUUUUUAAUUGACCUGAGGGACAUUCCGUUUGAAAUGUACUGAAGUUACAGUUUCUGGGGUUUUCUCCUUAUUUUCUGUAUAAUGCUUGAAAUGUCUAACUAUUAAAAAAGGCAUUUGGAAGAUGUUAUGCAUGAUGUUUUAAAAAAGUGUUCUUUUUAUUUGACUGACAAUUUAUUUUACACUCUAUAUAAUAAAAUUUCCACAAGACAUCUUGUGGGCGAAGUC